UUCAAGUGCAGGUCGGUAUUCGCCGGUUCCUGAUGUGACUCGGGUUGCCAGCGGCAGCCCCUCCGCCUUUCCCUGGGAGGCCCUUUGAAUAGUCUGAGGAGCUUUUUGCUGCAUGUGUAGUGCAGAUCCUCCAGCAGGUCACCAAGAUGCCCCAAAUCCAGCUUCAUGGGAUUAAUAUAGAUUUUCCUUAUAUUCCCUAUAAAUGCCAAGAGGAUUAUAUGUCCAAGGUGAUAGAAUGCCUACAAAAGAAAGUAAAUGGGGUUCUGGAAAGCCCUACAGGUACAGGAAAAACACUUUGCCUUUUGUGUGCUUCCCUGGCCUGGAGGCAGCACUUCAGAGACAGUAUUUCAGCAAACAAAAUAGCUCAGAAGUUAAAUGGUGAUGACUUUUUGAUGGUAGGCCCUAUCUUCGUGGGGCAGUGGAACCAUAGAUGCUGAUUUGGGUUACGGUGAUAUUCCAAAGAUCAUUUAUGCCUCAAGGACUCAUUCACAGCUCACUCAGGUUAUUAAUGAGCUAAGAAGUACAUCAUACAGACCAAAGGUGUGCGUACUUGGAUCAAGAGAACAGCUCUGUAUCCAUCCUGAAGUAAUGAAACAGGAAAGCAAUCAUGCAAAGGUCCACAUGUGUCGAGCAAAAACAUCCACGCGCACUUGCCACUUCUACAACAAUGUUGAGGAAAAGAGUACUGAGAGAGAAUUUUCAGAAUCCAUUCUCGAUGUAGAAGAUCUUGUUAAAAGUGGCAACAAGCACAGGGUUUGUCCUUACUAUUUGGCUCGAGCAUUGAAGCAGAUUGCUGAAAUAAUCUUCAUGCCAUACAACUAUUUACUUGAUCCAAAGAGUCGUAAAGCUCAUGAUAUAGACCUUUGUGGCACGAUAGUUAUUUUUGAUGAAGCACACAAUGUGGAAAAAGUGUGUGAAGAGUGUGCUUCAUUUGACCUUACUCCUUAUGACCUUGCUUCUGGAAUUGAAGCUGUUAAUCUGAUCUUGGCAGAGGAAGCAAAGAAAGUUCAACACAUUGAAGACAACACAGACUUCAAUCUUGAAUCAGUCAACUCAGGACUGAAAAUGGAUUUGAGUGAUCUGGCCAAAAUAAAAAAAAUCCUCCUUGACCUAGAAAACACGAUAGAUUCUGUUGAAUUAUCACCAGAUGGAAGUGGAGUAACCAAACCAGGAAGUUUCAUCUUUGAAUUAUUUGCAAAAGCCCAAAUUACUUUCCAAAACAAGUCUGCAAUUUUAGAAGCAUUGGAACAGAUUAUGACUGCUCUGUCAGAACGUGGUGGAAUAUUCACCAAUACAAGUGGAUUGCAAAAGUUAGCUGAUAUUCUGCAGAUUGUUUUUUGCAUAGAUCCCACUGAGGAUACUGCUCAAGACACAAGGGGACUGAAUGCAGCCAAACAUUACAAGGUUCACAUACACCCAGAUAACAGUGGAAACAAGAAGAAGCAGAGAACUGAUUUAUGGACUUCAUCAGUUACAAGAAAAGAAGGAAAAAUUUUAAGUUAUUGGUGCUUCUGCCCUGGGUACAGUAUGGCUGAGCUAGUUCGCCAGGGGGUUCGGUCCAUCAUCCUCACGAGUGGUACUCUUUCUCCACUGUCUUCUUUCACAUCAGAAAUGCAAAUUCCUUUCCCUGUAAGUCUAGAAAAUCCUCAUGUAAUUGACAAACAUCAAAUAUGGAUUGGAAUUGUUCCAAAAGGCCCUGAUGGAGUCCAGUUGAGCUCUGCAUAUAACAAAAGGUUUUCACCCGAGUACAUGUCUUCCCUUGGAAAAACAAUGGUAAAUCUGUGCAGAGUGGUGCCAAAUGGUUUGUUGGUGUUCUUCCCGUCAUAUCCUGUCAUGGAAAAAAGCCUAGAGUUUUGGAAGGAGGAGGGAAUUUCCAAUAGAAUAGAGGAGAUCAAACCUAUCUUUGUGGAAGUAAAAGGCAAAGGAUUAUUUUCAGAGGUCAUGGAUGCAUACUAUGAUAAAGUAAAUAAUCCAAAGUCAAAUGGAGCUUGUUUCUGCGCGGUGUGCAGAGGAAAGGCCAGUGAAGGCUUGGAUUUUGCGGACAUGAAUGGACGAGGUGUGAUUGUCACUGGUUUACCGUUUCCUCCACGAAUGGACCCUAGAGUAAUACUGAAGAUGCAAUUCCUGGAUGAAAUGAGAAGGAAAUGUAUCGGAAGUGUUCAGUAUUUAUCUGGACAAGAAUGGUACAGGCAGCAAGCUUCUCGUGCUGUCAAUCAAGCUAUUGGAAGGGUAAUUCGUCACCGAAAUGACUAUGGAGCCAUUUUUCUGUGUGAUCACAGAUUUACAGGCACUGAAGUGAAGUCACAGUUGCCAUCAUGGUUGCAGCCGUAUGUCAAAGUGUAUGAUAACUUCGGACAUAUAAUUCGAGAUGUAUCUCAGUUUUUUCGUGUUGCUCAAAAAGUUAUGCCUCCACCAAAACCAAAGAUGGUGACUUGCAGUGCCCAGUGCUCGGAAGUAAAUUCUGCCUCAUCUUUCUCUGGUGCAUCAGGGCAAAUUCUGAAGAAAGCAAAAAUUUUAGAUUCUCAUGUCCCAAGCCUCAAAAGAAAGCAUGCUGAUGAGCCUUCUGGGGAAGAUGGUAUGGCUAAGCUCUGCAUUGAAUAUGAAAGAGACUCUGCAAGCACAAGAAAGAAACCCACGAGUCUCCUUGAUGCUUUAGAACACAGUGAAAUGAGGGCUGAUGAAGGGAUAUCCCUGGGUGAGAAGAAGGCAGUUAAGAUGACAACUACAUCACUUAAGCAUCAGAGUGGAGAACAGAAAGGAGGCAGGAAAAAAAUCACCCUUGUGAAUAGUUAUGGCUUUGAUGUGUUGCCGCCAUCAGAGAAGACAAAAGCAGAAAAAGCUAAGUUUUUCAUUGUAGCUGUAAAAGAGGCCCUCAGCAAGGCUAACUACGAGCACUUCACAGAAGCAAUGCAAAAGUACAAAAUGACUGAUGAUUUUGACGCCAUGUUAAGUGAAAUGACUGCUCUUUUUACAGAAGACUCAAGAAAAAAUAAUCUUCUGCGAGAUUUUUAUCAGUUUGUUCGUCCACAUCACAAAAAGAUGUUUGAUGAAGCCUGCUAUAAUUUGACUGGUGAAGGCUGUGGAUUUAAACCUGAGCAUGCAAUUCCACGAGAAGAGAGGCAGAAGAUAGAACAGGAAGCUAAUGCGGGUAGUGAAAAUAAGUGGAAAUUUGAGACUGCAGUAUCUGACAUGAAUAUGUUUCCAUCAAUAGCAAGCUCAUCUCAACAGUUAAAUGCUUGCACACACCUUAACAAAGGGGGACAGCAUUUAAACAGUGGACCUCUUAGCAAAGGUGAAAUCUGUAAUUAUGAACUAACCAAUUGUAUGGGUGCAUCUUCAAAAACAUCAGUGUCAACAGCAGACCAGAAGAAACAACAAUUACUUGCUGCUUAUAUUAAUGAUGUUAAGAAAGCUUUAGGACCUUGUAACUACAGCAGAUUCUCAACAAUACUUCAGACAUAUAAAAGGACUGAUAACUAUGAAAACAUGGUGUCUGAAAUAGCAGCACUAUUUACAGAAAAAUGUGAGGAUUUUCAUUUGCUAAGAAGGUUUUAUAUAUUUGUUAGAACACAUCACAAGACACAGUUUAACCAGAUGUGCAAAGAACUAACAGGAACAGACUGUAAGCAGUUCAUAGAGAAGGAGCACCAGCCUGAUAAACAAGGGGAGAUUCCAAACAAGGAUCAACAGAAGCCCCCUAAAUGUACACUUGUGACAGAAAAUGAGAUUGCCAGUAAUAGUGAGAAUGGUGAAAGAUCUGUUUCAACACAAUACAAGAUUUCUACAUUCUUUCCAAAGAGUGAAAAAUUAAAACCAUCAAAUGUCUCGGGGACAUCAAACACUUGGCAUUGUGUUUAUGACAGUUCAGUAAAAAGCUGUCCCUCAAAAGCUCAGGAAAUGACAACGAAAAGUAUACGACCUCCAACAUCAAGUGAAUCACUGUUGCCUUUCUCCUCUGAUGUGAAUUUGAAAUUUGGUUUCCACUGCAUACUUUGUAGAAUUGAUGCAACUGUGCCAUUUAGUUGUCAAUACUGUGAAUUCACCUGCUGCAUGUCCUGCUGGAAGCAGUUAUUGAAGGAAAGUAAAACAUGUCCACAGUGCAAGUAACCACCACCAGAAGAUACUUAAGGGCAAGUUUUCUAUGAGACAGAUGACUCACAGAGUUUUGAUGGACAUUCAUGAAUGACUGUAAAGCCUGGCUAGCACAAAAAACAUCAAGAAAAUGAAGUAUUUUACUUGAAUAUGUAUGUUUAUUUUAGAGAAUGUCAAAAUGUUGAACUGUAAUUUGUUGUAUCAAUCAUUCUUAUUUUUGUAACUGUCACAGAGUAUGUGAAUAAUAAAUAC